AUGUUUCCCAAUAUGCUUCGACAUCGAUUUCACUACAGGUACAUAUUUGGUGCUCUUAAUCGAAGAACAAUAUCUAGCUAUGGACUUUUUGAGAACAACCAGUGGCUGAUACGAAAACCUCAAUUAAAAUACCUCAAUGCUAAGGAGCGUAAGAACCUGGACACAUUCAAGCUUAAUAUUGACCCCGAGAAGCGGAAAUGCAUAUACACCACAGAUAAAGAGUUCAAGAAAAAUCUGGAGAAUGCGCUAGCUCAUGUAUAUAGUACCCAAAUUGAAAACAGCGCCCCAGAUCAGGUAGAGUUUAGAAAAGUUGCCUGGUUGAGACUCAAAGAUAUGUUAUACAACCAACUGCUUGAUAAAAACCUCCCGGCGAAGAUAAAUGGUUAUGACCCAGGUCUAAUGGAGACCAUAAGUCCCACACAACCGCAACAUAUAAUACCUCACCUUGUAAAAAUGAAUAAAAUAGAUCAAUUAAUAUGGAAGAAAAUAACAGGGAAGACAGAGGGAGUAACGAAGUAUGAACAAUUUCAGUAUCUACUUAGCAGUUAUUAUGACUGCAUAUUGAACCAGGAAAUAAUACCAUCAAUGCUUAAUACCGGAACUGACGAUUCUGUUCAUUCGGUGGAUUUUUCUAACCCAGCAGAAUGGUUUCCAGAAGCCAGAAAAAUCAGAAGACAUAUCAUAAUGCAUGUUGGCCCAACCAAUUCAGGUAAAACUUUUAGGUCAUUACAGAAACUCAAAGCUGCUGAUAGAGGCUAUUAUGCAGGCCCAUUAAGGUUACUUGCUAGAGAGGUUUACGAAAAGUUUAAACACGAGAAUGUGAGAUGCAACCUGCUUACAGGUGAAGAAGUAAUAAAAGAUUUAGAUGAAAUGGGAAAUGAAGCCAACCUAACCUCUGGCACAAUAGAAAUGAUACCUUUGAAUCAAAACUUUGAUGUUGUAGUAUUAGAUGAAAUUCAGAUGAUGGCAGACCUGGAUAGAGGUUGGGCUUGGACCAACGCUUUACUAGGUGCAAAAGCUAAGGAAGUCCAUUGUUGUGGUGAGGCAAGUACGAUUCCCUUGAUUAAGAAAAUCGUUGAGAUGACUGGUGACAAGCUCACCAUAAAUGAAUAUGAACGAAUGGGUAAAUUAGUAGUUGAAGAAGAAGCUCUUACAAAAGGUUAUCACAGUCUAAAAAAAGGUGAUUGUGUGGUAGCGUUCUCAAAAAAAGCAAUCCUGGACUUGAAAUUAGAGAUUGAAAAAAAGACUGAAUUAAAAGCUGCUGUUAUUUAUGGCUCACUUCCUCCAGAGACAAGAGUUAAACAAGCUAAUUUGUUCAACAGUGGUGAAUUUGAUAUAUUGAUUGCGUCGGAUGCUAUUGGCAUGGGCCUGAAUUUAUCAAUCGAUCGUGUGGUAUUCACCACGUCAAAAAAAUUUGAUGGCAGAGACAUGGUAGAUAUGACUAGUUCGGCGAUAAAACAGAUAGGUGGUAGAGCUGGUAGAUUUAAACAAAAUAUACAUGAUAACGGUGAGCUUCCAGUUGGUUACAUCACUGCCGUAAAACCAAAUGUUCUUAAGGCUGUCAGGGAAGCAAUAAAUGCUCCCAUUGAGUACUUAACUAGUGCGACUACAUGGCCAACAGAUGAAAUUUGUACCCAUGUCAUGACUAGAUUCAUGCCAGGCACGACUUGUAAGACGCUACUGGAGACCAUUGCUGCAGAUAUUGAACAAAGCUCUAACAAGCUGUUCCAGAUAUGUGAUUUGAAAGCACGAAUGAGUGCGAUAGAGAUCAUUGAUUCAAUGGAGGACAUAACAUUCUCCGACAAGUUGCGACUGAGUAACGCACCAUUGAAGGAUUUCCCAUUGGUAAAGGCAGCAUUCAAGAAGUUCUGCGACACUAUAGCUAGGGGCCACACUAGAGGCCUACUAUCUUACAGGUUCCCAUUUGACAUACUGAACCUUAAGUACAUUUACACCGAGAAGCACGGACUUGAAGAAUACGAAGCACUAUACAACAUCAUCAUGCUGUUCUUCUGGCUAAGCAAUAGGUACCCGAACUACUUCAUAGAUCAAGAGUCUGCUUCUGAACUGAAAAACUUCUGCGAGAUGAUCAUCUUCGAAAAGAUAGACCACCUGAAGAGAAACCCCUACAUCCGCAAGAAAUUCAUAUCGCCAUACCUGAAAAGGAGAAGGUAA